AUGGGUAAGGAGGAAAAGGAGGAGAAGAAACAGGAGGAAGUUGAAAAGGACCAGGAAGAACCGGACGACAGCGACCAAAACGACCCGCUGCUAGCCACGCCCCUCCUCAGCGCCUCAGAGGGGGGCGCCGAAGGGAAGGGGGGACAGACCACGGGUCCCUCUCCUCCUCCUGCCCCCUCGCACGACUCGGCUCUCGCUGUUCCUGUCAAGACUCCUGCCGAAGCUGCCUCUCUUCCCGCCGCGGGCGUCUCCGGCACUCCCGUCCCGCCGGCGGCCACAGCCUCGGGCAAUAAGGCCUUCCUCGAAGACAGGAAGACGUCCUUGCCCAUAUGGAGAAGGAAGGACUCAGCAGCUUCAAGGAAGGACUCUGUUGCAACUACUACCUCAAAGGCGUCUGACCGGCUGGGCUCCUUCGCCGAGGAGUCCGGUAGAAGUCGCGCGUCCAUGCGGCCUGCGACUUCCCUGGACGCCAUCAGCCACCACCGCGUCAGCGCCACCGGCAGGGAGUUCCCCUCUCGCUCUGCCACCAUAUCUACUAAAGAAAAUUUGGAAGAUGUAGCGAGCCAGUCUUCAGUGUCAUUGAACAGUCUGUACCCCAGCGACCCCUCCCCGGCUGGCAUCCAAGACACAAACCUCAGACCCCACACACUCGACAACCUAAACCAAGCUGCGGCUUUCUCUCCUUCUCGCCCGCCCACCUGGCCGUCUCCACGCCCACCCGGACCGCCCUCACCGCCCUUCGACGCCAACCCGGACCGCCCUCACCGCCCUUCGACGCCCACCCGGACCGCCCUCCAACGCCCAUCCGGACCGCCCUCACCGCCCUCACCGCACUCCAACGCCCACCCGGACCGCCCUCCAACGCCCACCCCGACCGCCCUCACCGCCCUCCAACGCCCACCCUCUCCGCCCUCCAACGCCCUCAACGCCCACCCGUACCGCCCUCACCACCAACGCCCACCCCCCUCCUACAGCCGCCCGUAA